GUGGUCGAGGCGGGCGGAGCUGGCGGCGCCGGCCGCGCUCCAGGGGCGGGGACAGGGAUACGGACACUGACACGGGCCGCCGGCUCGGCCGCGCGCCGCUCUGAGGCCGCAGCUCCACCAGCCGCCGGGGCCGGGCUGGGCCGGGCCGGCCCGGGGCAUGCUCCGCGGCGGGCGGCGGCGGCUCGGCGGGUAGCGGGCGGCGGGGACAUGGUGCCGUUCGCGCCGCUGGAGGAAGCGGAGGAGCCGGAGCCCUGCCGCAAAAUGGAGCUGUGCGUGAGCGGCGGCGAGCUGAAUGGUCUUAAAAUGGUGGAUGAGCCCAUGGAAGAAGGUGAACCAUAUUCCUACCAUGAUGAAGGAAGUGUGAAAGAAAUUCCUAUCACCCAUCACGUAAAAGAAGGAUGCGAGAAAGCAGAUCCCGCACAAUUUGAAUUGCUUAAGGUUCUUGGUCAAGGAUCAUUUGGAAAGGUUUUUCUUGUGAGGAAAAUAAUGGGCCCUGAUGCUGGACAGCUUUAUGCAAUGAAAGUAUUGAAGAAAGCUUCUUUAAAAGUACGAGAUAGAGUUCGCACAAAAAUGGAGAGAGAUAUAUUAGUAGAAGUAAAUCAUCCAUUUAUCGUCAAACUGCACUAUGCCUUUCAGACCGAAGGGAAACUAUAUUUAAUAUUGGAUUUUCUCAGGGGAGGAGAUGUGUUCACACGAUUAUCCAAAGAGGUUAUGUUUACAGAGGAAGAUGUGAAAUUCUACCUCGCAGAACUGGCCCUUGCUUUGGAUCAUCUACACAGCUUGGGAAUUGUAUACAGGGACCUGAAGCCAGAAAACAUUUUGCUUGAUGAAGCAGGACAUAUCAAGUUAACAGACUUUGGACUCAGCAAAGAAUCAGUAGAUCAAGAAAAGAAGGCCUACUCUUUCUGUGGUACUGUAGAAUACAUGGCACCUGAAGUAGUAAACAGGAGAGGCCACAACCAGAGUGCAGAUUGGUGGUCAUUUGGUGUUCUUAUGUUUGAAAUGCUUACCGGCACACUACCAUUUCAAGGUAAAGAUCGAAAUGAAACUAUGAAUAUGAUAUUAAAAGCAAAACUUGGAAUGCCUCAGUUCCUUAGUCCUGAAGCUCAAAGUCUUUUAAGGAUGUUGUUUAAAAGGAACCCAUCAAAUAGAUUAGGAGCUGGUUCAGAUGGAGUUGAAGAAAUCAAGAGACAUCCUUUUUUUUCAACUGUUGACUGGAAUAAACUGUUCAGAAGAGAAAUUCAGCCUCCAUUUAAACCUGCUUCUGGAAAACCAGAAGAUACCUUUUGUUUUGAUCCAGAAUUCACAGCAAAAACACCAAAAGAUUCUCCUGGAGUUCCACCUAGUGCUAAUGCACAUCAGCUCUUCAAAGGAUUUAGCUUUGUGGCAACUACUACUACAGUAGAAGAUCAUAAAAUCUCACCCCUCACCAAUAUAUUGCCAAUAGUACAGCAAAUUCAUGGAAACAGCACACAGUUCACUGAAGUAUAUGAAUUAAAGGAGGAUAUUGGUGUUGGCUCCUACUCUGUUUGCAAGAGAUGUGUACACAUAGCCACUAAUAUGGAGUUUGCUGUAAAGAUUAUUGAUAAAAGUAAAAGAGAUCCCUCAGAAGAAAUUGAAAUUUUGAUGCGUUAUGGACAGCACCCGAAUAUUAUUACUUUAAAAGAUGUGUACGAUGAUGGUAGAUGCAUCUACCUUGUCACUGAAUUGAUGAAGGGAGGAGAGCUUCUCGAUCGAAUUCUCAGACAAAAGUUUUUCUCAGAACGGGAAGCUAGUGCUGUAUUGUAUACUAUAACCAAAACCGUUGACUAUCUGCAUUGUCAAGGAGUAGUGCAUCGAGACCUUAAACCUAGUAAUAUUUUAUAUAUGGAUGACUCGAACAAUGCUGACUCUAUCAGGAUUUGUGAUUUUGGGUUUGCAAAGCAACUUCGAGGAGAAAACGGACUUCUUUUAACUCCCUGCUACACUGCAAACUUUGUAGCACCAGAGGUUCUCAUGCGACAGGGAUAUGAUGCUGCUUGUGAUAUAUGGAGUUUAGGUGUCCUACUUUAUACAAUGCUAGCAGGCUAUACUCCUUUUGCAAAUGGUCCCAAUGACACUCCUGAGGAAAUCCUGGUCCGGAUAGGCAGUGGAAAAUUUUCCUUAAGUGGAGGAAACUGGGACACUGUUUCGGAUGCGGCAAAGGACUUGCUAUCCCAUAUGCUUCAUGUAGAUCCACAUCAACGUUACACAGCAGAGCAAGUAUUAAAACACUCAUGGAUAGCCUGUAGGGACCAGCUGCCACACUAUCAACUAAACAGACAAGAUGCGCCACAUCUAGUGAAGGGGGCCAUGGCUGCCACAUAUUCUGCACUGAAUCACAAGACAUUUCAGCCAGUCUUAGAGCCUGUCGCAGCUUCAAGUUUAGCUCAACGACGGAGCAUGAAAAAGCUAACAUCAACAGACUUAUAGAUCCACUGGGGCACCUUAGCCAAACUGGAGCAAGGGAAAAACCAACAAGUGGCUCUGUUUUGCCUGACCUGUGAUCAAAAGGCGCAUAUGGUUUCCUGCUAAAUUACUUGAAUUCUAUAAAAGUCCUUUUUUAAAAAAAAAAAAUCCACAGGUUCAGGGGGAUUCAUACUGUGUUUUAAAGGCAGUGUCCAUGUUUAUUUAAGUUGAAUGUCCGGGUAUGUUACACAAACCAUAAGGAAUUUUUGUACAUUGUCUUUUAAGAUUUGUUGCAAAUAUUACUUUACAUUCUGUAUAGUUUCCCUGGGUUCAUAAACAAAUGGUUUAGGGGACCAUUACCAGUAACCAAGUUGUACGUAAGUGUCAGCAUCAGGCCCUUUCCUAAAAUAUCUGUUGGUUCUCAAAUUUCUUUGUAGUUGGGCACUUAUGAAGGGACUCUGUUUAGCUCAUCGAUUGUAAGGCAAGACUAACAGGUGCAUUGUUCCAGUGCAAAGUGGAUUAGUGCUAAUUUAGGAGCUCUCUACUUCUCUGGUGACAAUAAUUGAAAAGUGUUACAUACAAAUAUUUAAAAAGUGAUAUGCAUCUUAGGCCUGUACUUCUGUUAAAAUGGUCACUUGUAGACCACAGCAAGCAGUGAUAAGCAGGUGAUCUCACAGAGGGGAAAAGGUGUUUCUAUUGUCACUUUGUACCUUUUCACAAAUAAUUAUAAGCUUAGAGAAACGCAUCUGCUUUCACCAUAUAAGAUUUAAACUGUUCUGCACUGAGCUGUGAAAAGUGAUAACAUUGAAAAACAAGAGCCUGAAUGGUAUUGGUAUGACUUUGGGUAGGAUGUUAUAUCUCCAGAUAAACCAAUAUACUCUGUGUUGCCUAUCCUGCACAAGGACCAUAUUGCUGUUUCUUUGGCAGUCUUUUCUAUUGGAUAGCAGUAUAUCCAAUUUUAACUUGUCCUGGAUUGUAAGGUAAACUGACACUUUAUUGUAGCAUACUUGGCGUAUGGUUUUUUGUUAUUUUUAUUUAUUUAACAUUAUGUAAAAUUGCUUAUAUUUGAAUCUCUGGGGGUGUGUAUAAAUAUUACAAAAGACAAAUGCAAAAUCCUUCAACUUGUCUAACCACCAGGGAAAACUGGGGAAAUAAGCCUUGUCAUGUGCCCAGGUGAUUUUUAGAUAUGGGGACUUCAUUUAACUAAAAAUGGGGAGUAGGUUAUGUAACUUUAGACCUGUUGUGAAAGCAUCCUGCUGCCAAUCUGACCUUAACUGCUAUGGUUGAUCACAAGGGGACAGUUAGUCUGCAACCAGGCUAGGGCCAAUAUCAUUUUAGGGUUUUCUAAAUCAAAACCAGCGCUUUGAAUUGCAUCUAUAAGUAAAGUGAAAAAUAGUGCAGUUCAUAGAAAUAAAACAUUUCACACAUUUUAGACCAUAAUACACAACCAUUCUAAUAGGUAAUAGGAUGAUUAAAUAUUUUAAAUAUUAGAAAAAUAUACCAGUAAAAUAUUGUUAGAUUUGAACACUUCAGACUGACUAAAGUCAAGUGUUAUCCAAACUGGUCUGCUCGCAAUGAAUUUCUGAUUCCAGAUGAUGCUUUAAGCAAGUCAUAAGAUGCUAAUCCUGGGGAAAAGACAAGGGACUUUGCAUAUUUAAACAGUAAAAUUAAGCCUUUUAGAGCAUUUUGGGAUAAAUACUAAGUAUAGUAGAAGCUACUGAGAUCCUAAAAUGUGGAGAAUAGUCACUGAUUUGUUUUCAUUUUGAUUUUUUUUUAAAUAUCUGUGAAGUACUUGAUGGCAUUGGGAGUACUGUAGAUGUACUGCUGCUUUCUAUUUAUUGCAGUGGAGGAGGUGGAAAUAGUUUUGCUAAACAAGUGUUUUAGGUUGGGAUAUAUGUAGGUUUAAAAUAUGAUACGCAUGGAAAACAUGUGUAUUGUAUCAUGCAAAUCAUGCCCAGUACUACAUUUUCUUGAGUGUAAUAGGGUUUGGAAAAAUUACAGCCCAAUUGUGCCUGUUUUGAGGUGCUUGUUUGAAUGCUUGAAAGAUAUCAAAGAAUGCAGCUGCCACAUGAAAAGCAUAUUAUUUAGAAACAAUUCUGCUACUUAUUUUGUUUGUUCUUUUUUUGUUACUAUUUAGACCCGUGCCUACAGGUAAGCACUCACUUCUGUUUAUUUUGCAACAUAAUAUUGUAAUUUUAUUUGUCAUACUACAAGUGAUCGCUCUGAAAUCAAGGUUACCAAAAGGUUAGACUAAAUGGGAAAUAAAGAGCACAUUGGGGGAAAAAAACCCCACAAAGAUCCAGACAUAAUGCAGAUUACAAGGCUAAUAAUAAAAGGAGGAAAGGAAAACAUCUAAAAUGUUGAGCUGAAUUAUCUUCAAAAUUGUUUCCCCCACCCCAUCUCCUUCACCCCAUAAGGUAGCAGCUGGUCUUUAAUGGCUUUGUUCCUGAGUGAUUUAGCUGUGUUUACACUGCUAUCUUCAUUUAACUUGCUCAGAAGCACUGUUGUAAGCACCUUACAAGCAUUUUGCACAAAAUCAGUAAUAAGCAGUCCAAGAUAAAUAGUGUGUUUUGGGGAUUUUCUCAGUGUGGAGGAUGUGGGGGGGCAAGGGGAAUUAAAGAGGAGAAAUGUGCAAAUAAGCUAAUUAUGCUGAUUAUUUAAUUCAACAUUUAGAGCAUCUUCUGUAAUUUCAGUCCUACCAGUGUGUAAAAUGUUGCUACGCUCUAACACAGGUGGCAGUCCAGAGGCAAAAAAUAUGGUUUUGCUGACUGCAAUACUGCAAAGCUAGUCUUUUCACAAAGUAAGUACAUAGACAACACCUUUGUUGUAUUUGUCACGAACAUGUCAUGUGCCUAUUUUCAUCUUUAGUUUAGAGGGAAAAGGUAUGCUUAUUGUAACCAAUGUAAGCAAAAUCAAAUCUGACCUAUAGAUUACGAUUUCAUCGUGUCAGUUUUGCUGUAGUGCUUGAUGACCACCUCAUUUAUUAGUUUUCUUUUGAGGACUGAAUUGAAAUUUCUUAUAAUAAAGGAAAAUGCCACCUUAGGUACAACUUGGUAGUUAUGAAACUCUAAAUGUAAAAUGAACUUCUCAUUAGUAAUUUGUGAAAAAAAGUUUGAAAAUGAAGACAGAAUUAUUUGAGUCUGUACUUGCCAAGGGCUGUCUCAUUGGAAAUUAACAGAAUCUGCAUCACUUACAAAUGGCUUUCAAACAAUCAAAGAUUGUUUAAUUUGUUGCCAUUUUAUUGUGGUACAAGCUUAUAAAUUAGCUACAGUGUGAAUUUUUAUUUCGUACUCAAGUCCCUUUAAAAAUAGGAAUGCAAACUACACUGCCAUCCUGCUUAAAAUGAUCCAAUGUUGUAGUAACUCUCACUUUCAUUUCCAGCAAAAUAGGUGCAAGCAAGUAGUAUUUCAGCAGCACCAAUUGCAAUCUCUACCCUUGUUUGCAAAAUUAAUUUACCUAGGCUUGAUUCUGCUACCACUGAAAUAGGCACCCAUUGGAUUUAACUAGUGUGAGAGCAGACUCGUAGUAAGACUUUCCUUAUUCUGUGCGCUGUCAGAUUGUUUACUGAGGUGUACUGUUUGCAAAAUAUAAGUUCUGCAGUGCAGAACUUUGCUGGCCCCAUUACUCAGAAGUUACACUGUGGCACCACCAGCAGCUUUUGCUGGAGAACCAAAAGUAUCCAUGAAGAAAUUAUCUUAAGCCUUUGUUUGUUUGUUGUCUUCUGAUUGUAUUCAACGCACAGUUUUUAGCCUCUUGCAGAUUUUUCCUUUUGCUUGAAAAAAGUUCAUUCCUUUGGCCACACUGAAAAACUGAUGUGAUGUACAGAUGCUGUCCCCAUGGUGGUUGCACUGCUGUACAGUUCAACAACUCCAGACAGCAUAACUAUCCCCAAAUAUCAUAAAUAUGAAACCCCCCAUGAGUCAGUUGUAAAUGCUCAAAUUCCCACUAUAAAGCUCAAUUAUCCUUUUUCUGACUAUUUUAAUAUUUUUUUUAAACAUGAAUUUAUAUAUUCAUGGUAUACUGUAGAGACAAAAAAGAUUAAUUGGACCACAUGAUAGUUGAAACAAACCUGUGCUUCUGCCAAGUUUUAAGAUGUUCUUUAACAAGCAGUAGAAAUCAUUCAUUAUACGUUAUGUUCAUAAGUGUCAUAACACUUUUCUAUACCACCUAUUAUUUUACUCCCCCCAACAAAAGGUAACAUUAUGAGCUUGGGGAGGCUGCAAGGAUUGAGACUCAUUUGUGUAUAAACUACCCAAAAGUGCAGCGAUUAUCCAGAUUUCUUGACUUGGCCAACUUAAGCCUAAAACAGCUAAGUGAAUGGGGUUUUGUACACUGUUGUAGCAGUUGUUUCUUUCAGUGCUACAGUAGUACUGAAAGAACUACUUUUAUGUUUAAAGAUAAAAACUUCUCAUGGGGUGGGGUAUUUGUUUUUUUUAAGUUCACUAGGUUUGGUUCAACUUCUUUGCUAAAGUUGGGGAGGUAGGUUUUUAUGGAGCCCCAUAAGGAUGCAUCCCCAUGAGCAUGCAUGUGCAGUUGUGCAGUACCACAGACAGGUCUGUAGCACUGCAAUGGCACAUGCCACACAUGCAGGCAUUCACUGCACUGCUUAAUUUGCAAUGUGGUGGGGGGUUUUGACCCCCCCGCCACAUUGCAUGGGAGAGUCUUUAUAUUUAACUUAACUAUACAUAUAUUUGACUUAACAGUUGGCACAUAAUCAUUUAUAAGCUCAUUCAUACACAUGUUGCUGAAUGUUUUAUCUGUUUGUAUAAAUGUCACAAACACUGUACUAUGUUAUGUGCCACCCUUCAAGUAAAUGCAUUCAAGGUAUGCAAGUAAGCACAUUCUGAAUCCUAAAUGUCUUCAUUUUUCCCUUUAAAAAAUAGCUGUUCCCAAGCUGCAGUAUUUCUUUGGUGAUAAGUCUGCAUAUUCCCUUGUGAACAGAAAAAUAUUGAAGUGACAAACUUAAUGAGAAGCUACUAAAUAUCUAAAAGCUUAAUAGCAAAAGACUAUGUUGUUUUUUUAAUUAGAUAAGUUUAAUACAGAUCCUUGCUUUAUUAUGGAGUGUCUUAUAUACAAGGAAACUCUCAUGAAAAAAACCUAUUUUGAAAGUGGCAUGUAUUGGAUCUUUAAAGUUUAAUUGGCCUAUAUACUUCCUUAUAAUGUAUUUCAGAAACAGUCAUUCAAUUGCCGUUUAAAGUAAUAAGUGAUUUUAGUUCUCGCUUUUUUGUUAGGGUACUGAAAAAAGGUGGCAUCUCCUUUGCAGGGCACAGCAUUACUAUUUUGUGUGAUGCAUUAGGCAUCUGAGCAACAUUUGUAAUUAUAUUGCAUUGUCAUUAUUUUCCCAAGCACUUUUGCAUCAAUGCACUGAUGUUUUUGAUUAGAGCUAAAAUUGUUCUGGAAUGUGACUGGCCAUAAAAUUUAAUAUAUGAAAGGGCAUUAAUUGAAAACAGUGCAAUUUAAUUGCAUGUUAUCUGCGGUACUUCAAAGAUUAAACUAUUCAAACGGUCCCCCUUAUCAGAUAUUGUAACUAUCACUUCCUUCUCUAAACAUAUUGUGGAUUUUGUAUCAUAUUGUAUUUAUUUCAUUUAAUUUUUUAAAAGAUGUUUUCUUUAAAGCUCUGUAUAUAUUGACAUUAAAGUUUGCAUUGUACUACAUAUUCCUUGUAAGGCUGAAUCCAGUAGUGCAUUAUAAAGUAUGUUUUUUACGUUGCAGUAUGCUGCUGAAAAGUACUGACGCCUUGAAUUACAACAUGCCAAAGAAACAUAGAAAUUGUAUUUAUUUUUGUUAAACUUUGUGAAUAAUUUUAAAGGUGCAGUUUUAAAUAGCUGGUGGUUCCUUGGGUACUAGAAUAAAAGGUUGCACAUUCUUAAUACUUACA